GUGCAGCUCAGGAGGGAGGAGCCCCUGCCGCCGGGCCCCAGCCGGGACAUCCCCACCUUCUACUUCCCCAGAGGCCGCCCGCAGGACACCGUCAACGUGGACGCCGUCAUCGCCCACAUCGAGAGGACCUUCGCCGACUUCCCGCAGGAGAGGGCCACCAUGGACGACAUGGGCCGCGUGGCCAAGGCCUGCGGCUGCCCGCUCUACUGGAAGGGGCCGCUCUUCUACGGCGCCGGGGGAGAGCGCACGAGCUCCGUCUCCGUGCACAAGUUCAUCGCCAUGUGGAGAAAGACAGCCCCUGUCUCUCCGCGCGGGGUCCUGCUGAGCUGCCACGACGAUGCCGCCAAGUUUGCGUACCUGCUCAUGAACCCUGGCUGCAACUACCUGGUCCAGGAGGAUUUUGUCCCCUUCCUUCAGACCUUGGUGUCUGCACCGCACGCGGGACCGCACAUCCCAACGCUGGACAGCGGCCGCCUGGACGUCCUCCUGCCCAUGCGGGGUCUGUGCUUUGGGCCCGACGUGGUGAACUCCCAUCCCGGCUUGUCCUUCCUGAAGGAGGCAUCCGAGUUCCACUCGCGCUACAUCACCACCGUGAUCCAGUGGAUCUUCUAUACCGUGAACAGGUCCUGGACGGGCAGGAUCACCUGCGCAGAGCUGCGCAGGAGCACCUUCCUGCAGAACGUGGCGCUGCUGGAGGAGGAGCCGGACAUCAACCAGCUGACGAAGUUCUUCUCCUACGAGCACUUCUACGUCAUCUACUGCAAGUUCUGGGAGCUGGACACGGACCACGACCUGCUCAUCGACGCCGACGACCUGGCCCGGCACAACGACCACACCAUCUCCACCAGGAUGAUCGAGAGGAUCUUCUCGGGGGCCGUGACGCGGUACGUCUCCCCGCGGAUCCCCAUGCUGCGGCAGCACGAGGCCUGGACCCUGAUGCCCCCCACAGGCCGUCCCGGACCCCCUGCGGACACAGGGCCCUCCGGGGGCCGGGCUUCUCGGGGCAGCCUCCUUCCGGGCAGGGGCAAGAAGGUGCAGAAGGAAGGGAAGAUCAGCUAUGCCGACUUUAUGUGGUUCCUGAUCUCCGAGGAGGACAAGAAGACCCCCACCAGGAGUCUGUCCAUGGAGGGCCCGUCCAAAGGAGGUCGGUCUGUGGAGGGCCCGUCCGUGGGGGCGCUGUCCACGGAGGGUGGGGGCGCAUGUCGCAGCAUCGAGUACUGGUUCUGCUGCAUGGACUUGGACGAGGACGGUGCCCUGACCAUGUUCGAGCUGGAGCACUUCUAUGAGAAGCAGUGCCGCCGGCUGGACAGCAUGGCCAUCAAGGCCCUGCCCUUUGAGGACUGCCUCUGCCAGAUGCUGGACCUGGUGAAGCCGCAGACCGAAGUUAGCCCCACCGCCCCAUGGUGGAAGAUCACCCUGCGCAACCUGAAGAGGUGCAAGCUCGCCUGCGUCUUCUUUGAAACCUUCAAAAACUUCAACAUCGAGAAGUACCUGGACCACGAGCAGAAAGAAGAUCUCGCUGCUCCGGGUGACAGCGACAGCGAAGGCCCCGAGCUCUCGGACUGGGAGAAGUACGCUGCCGAGGAGUAUGACAUCCUGGUGGCCGAGGAGGCUGCAGGGGAGACCUGGGAUGACGGGUAUGAGGCGGAGCUGAGCCCUGUGGAGCAGAAGCUGAGCUCGCUGCGUCCAGCCCUGGCCCAGAGACCCUUCUUUGAGUCCCUGAGCCCACUGGGGGAUGUCGAGCUGUACGAGUACGAGAGCGAGGACGAGGAGGAACAGGAAGAGGAGGACCUGCAGCUGUCCUGA